UGUAAUAAUAACCGAAGGAGCUCGCAAAAAAAAACAGUUUUAAUAAAAUUUCGUUCGCGGCAAACUGAUUGCUGAAAAGUAUGGUGCUAUCAUCUUCAAGAGCGUAAACUAGUUUGUAUAUGUAAAAUUCUAUACACGUAUGUAUGUAUGAAUGCAGGUAGAUAAAUGAAUGUUGCUUUGUAAUUUCUCAUUAAACAAAUAAAUAACCACAAAAACUUUCAAAGACAAUCCACUUCGUAACUGUUUGCAGAGCAGAAAAAAUAUAAACAAGUCGUGUUUGCGUUGCUUUUAAGGCAGUUUUCAUUUAAGAGCGUAGAAGUGAACAUGUUUCGCCACAACGGAUCGCAAGCGUUUAACACCAACAACAACAAUUAUGGUACCUUUGGCGGUGCUACCUUCAAAGUGAUUUUGCUAUUGUUGUUGGCGCUGGUGGUAAUGAGCAAUGCACAAAGUUGUCCCUCGGCAUCGAGAGUGUUGACUUGCACACCCAAAUGUAAACAAGAUUCCGAUUGUAGUGCCAUCGGCGGCAAAUGUUGCCCGAAUUUGUGUAAUGAGCGUUCUUGCAUUCAGCGCAAUCAACUGGACUUGGGUGGUGGUGAUAAAUCGGGUGGCGAUAAAUAUUCUUCCUCCAAAUCUGGCUCCUACUGUGGCAACACUAAAUGCAGUCCGUAUGAAAAAUGCGAAAUGGAUCGUUCGACCAAACGUCAAAAAUGUGUCAGAACUUAAAAUUGAAGCCAAGGACAUACACAAAAAAAAAUAAAGGACUAAUUUUAAUUUAAAAAUUUUUCCGCACAUUUUUUACAAGCUGUAAACUUUAUUAAUAAAUAUUAUACCACACACAACCAA